AUGACCGACAAUACAAACCAAGAGCUAAAGGACCAUGAAAAGGCCGAAUUGAACAAGAGCGAAGACGUGGCAAAGGCCUUGGCGGAUCCCGUAAAGAAAAGAAAAGCAGACGAUGAGAUUGAAAUCGAUCUGGAUCAGCCCGUUCCACUGUCGAAGAAGCAAAAGAGACUGUUGAGAAGAGGCAAAGUAUCUUUGGAAGAACUGAAUGCGAAGUUUAAUAUCGACCCAAGCUCGAUUGAGGAGUACAAGAGCGAGCUCCAGAAGAAAGAAGGCAAGCAGGAGGAAAACAUUCCAGGCACCGGAGAGACAGCGGAUAGCUUGAAGGAAAACGAUGUGAAGAAGUUUGGAGUUUGGAUAGGAAAUUUGUCGUUUGACACCACCAAGGAAGAUCUCAAGAGGUUUUUCCUAGCCAAGACGAAGGAACUGGACGAGAAUUCGAGAACCGAAGAAGCCGACAUUUUGAGAAUAAAUCUACCUCUCGCGCAAAACGACGGCAAGCAGGUACGGAACAAAGGGUUUGCGCACAUGGAUUUCCGCACGCAGAAGCAAAUGGAUGCCGUAAUAGCGCUGAGCGAGUCUCAACUCAACGGUCGUAAUCUGCUCAUCAAGAACGCCAGUUCUUUUGCCGGUAGACCCGACAAGACCGAUUUGAUCUCCAUGUCCAAAAACCCUCCUUCCAGAAUUCUGUUCGUCGGAAAUCUUUCGUUCGACACCACCGAUGAGCUACUGAAAAAACACUUUCAACACUGCGGUGACAUUGUAAAAAUCAGAAUGGCUACCUUCCAAGAUAGUGGUAAGUGCAAAGGGUUUGCCUUUGUUGAUUUCAAAAAUGAAGAGGGCGCCACUAACGCUCUUAAGGAUAAAACAUGCCGCAAGAUUGCUGGAAGAACGUUGAGAAUGGAGUUUGGUGAGGACAGAAGCAAACGUCAAGUAAAGAGAAGGCCCGCAGCGACGACUCCUUCUCAAGGCGAAACCCCUGAACCCACGCUAACAAGAAGCUCACUUUCUGAAAAGACUACAGCUCCUUACAAGGAAAGAAAACCUGCAAGCUCAUCGCGAACGUUCGCAAACGCCAGAGGCUCUAAUGAACGUCAGAAAAGCAGCAUUGCAUUAGCUACUGCCCAGAGGGCUUCCGCUGCUAUCGUUCCCUCCCAAGGGAAGAAGAAAACGUUCGACUAA